AUGGACUCGUUAUUAGUCGAUAGUCCUGGGGACCUUCCCUCUAAGCACUUUCCCAUCACCCCGGAUCCAGUGAUCAGAUCUCCUUCACAAAUAACCCGUAAUCACUUUGUUCGCGCAACUGCCAAACGUCAAUCUCAGUACAAAGGCUCCAAUAUUUGUCGCGACACGGGCUUUCACUGUACGACUUCAUAUCGCGGUCCAACCACUUGUCGCCGCUGCGGUCAACAAGAUACACCAACCGGACGUCCCGAGCUCGAAAAGAUCUUGCAAUUCGAGAUUUCCUGCGGAAGUCUAGCACGCGUUCAUCCUCGAUGGAGCAACAUUCGUCGGAGUUGCAACGCCCGGUCUAAAGGACAUGGUACUUCGGAUGAACUGGAGGGGAGGGAUCUGGCGCAAAGCCAGACUCCUCUCCCCAGCGACCGAUAUCGCCUUGUAAGACGACCCACGCUGGAAAGAGAAGAGGCUUUUCGCGAUGCGUCUACUGCGAGAGGGAACGUUUAUUUCGGACGCAAAAUGCCUUUGAGUGAGGAUGAUGAAGUGGCAGAGUUAUAUCGCAUGGGCUUGCUGUACGACGAUGAGCAGGUCCGUGGCGAGGGCUUCAAUCUUGAUAGUAUCAAGCACGAAGAACCCGUCUACUCCAUCAAACCCGCCAAAACAUCCCGCAAAAAGCGUUCUCAAAGCUUCAGCUUCAACUCCCCUCUCCACUUGGAUCUUUCCUUCACAGAUCUAGGCGGCGAUCAAACUAUCGCCCAACUCCUCUCUUCCUCCUCCGACGAAUCCCUCCCCCCAACACGCACCAUCGCACCUCUACGCGUAAUCUACGAACUCGACGGCUCGCAACCCAGUUUCGACGUGGACACAUCUCAACCACCGGACCUAAUCUCCGACGAGAUACUCACAGACUACGAUUGCUUUUCGGAUAGUGAACUUGACGAUUUACCUUCUCAACGGGAAGUGUUUGAUAGUGCGGCAACGCCGACUUCUGAUGCGUGGGUUGUGCUGGGUGACGACUCGUAG